AUGUCUUCCGAAUAUGAGAAAAUUUACCUUAACCAAUCCAAAUUACCAGGUAGGAUGAGGAUUGCAGAUUCUGGUUUAGGUUGGAAAGCUCAGUCUGUUCCGGGAUCUACAACUAAAACCACUCCUUUCUUGUUGCCGAGCGAAGAACUCUCCAGUUGCUACUGGUCCAGGGGCUCUAGAGGCUAUGAACUCAGAAUCGAUACGAAAAACAAAGGUGUAGUUAUACUGGACGGCUUUGAUGAGCGUGAUUCCACAGGGUUGAAGCAUGAACUAUCAAAGAAUUUCCAAAUACAGCUAGAGACGAGAGAACAUGCUCUAAGGGGCUGGAACUGGGGUAAAAUACAAAUGGCAAGAAAUGAGCUCAUUUUCAAUAUUGCAAAUAAGCCGGCUUAUGAAAUCCCAUAUUCUGAAAUUUCAAACACCAACUUGAGUGGUCGUAAUGAAGUUGCUGUGGAGAUGGAUCUAAUUCACGAGGGCAGUACCAUCGAGAGAACAGGUGACGAGUUAGUAGAAAUCAAGUUUUAUAUUCCCGGUACUGUGGAGCCUGGUGAUGAUGAAAUGGAUAUAGAUGAAGCUGGAAAUCCAGAAGAUGCUCCAAAGAAGGAAGAACAACAAGGCGACGAGGGGGAAGAUAAAGUCCAAACGAUCAAAGAGAGAAAGCUGAAAUCUAAGGCGGAGUUGUUUGUGGAGGAAUUGAAAACUAAGGCAGAUAUCACUCAAGUUGUCGGUAAAGUUAUGGUUUCAUUUGCAGAAGUCUUGUUCUUAACACCCAGAGGUCGUUAUGAUAUCGAUAUGUAUGAGAAUUUCUUACGUUUGAGAGGAAAGACAUAUGAUUAUAAGCUUCAAUACACUCAAAUUCAAAGAAUUUUCUCACUUCCUAAAUUGGACGGUAUGCAUCAUUUGUUGAUUCUUCAAGUUAACCCGCCAUUAAGACAAGGUCAAACAAAAUACACGUUUUUGACUUUACAAUUUGACGAACAAGAAGAAAUAGAGGUUGAAUUAAAUAUUGACGAUGAAGAAUUUGAAGAAAAAUUCAAGGGUAAGAUCAACAAAGCAUACAGUUCAUCCACUCAUCUGGUACUGUCAAACUUAUUCAAAGGCUUUUCUGAACGUAGAGUUGUUCAGCCUGGUACUUAUCAAUCUAAGGAUGGCCUACCAGGCAUUUCAUGUUCACUGAAGGCUAAUGAAGGUCACUUGUAUGCAUUGGAAAAAUGUGCUUUAUUUUUAACUAAACCUACCGUUUUGAUCCCUUACUCUGAAGUGGGAACAAUCACCUUCUCGAGAGUAGGCCAAGGUUCAGCGCAAAAGACUUUUGAUAUGGAGAUUAGUACCAUAAAUGGAGGCCCAACACACAAUUUCGGUAAUAUAGACAGAGCAGAACAGCCUCUACUUGAAUCCUUUUUCAGAUCUAAGAACUUGAAGGUUAGAAACGAUGAAAAAAUUGCACAGGAAAUGCUGGCUAAUGCAAUGGCUGAAUCCGAUGGUGAAGCUGAUUUGGGCUCUGCUGACGAAGAGUCACCAGAUGAAGAUUUCGAAGGCGCAAGUUCCGAUGAUUCUGAUGUGGAUGAAGAAUACAAUUCAGAUGCUGCAAGCGGUAACGAGGAACCGGAGAAGAAGAAACAAAAGAAAGAUGAUUAG